AUGUUCGGCUUCCUCUUCAUCCUGCUGCCCGCCGUGGUCGCGGCUGCCGAACACACCGAACUGUCCCACAAGGGAAACGAGUUCGUAAAGGGAAAGAUAUGCAUCGGGACGAACGGGAGAAUGUCCUCUCCUUCGAACAAGGAGCACCAUUAUCGCAACCUGAGGGACCGAUACACCAAUUGUACCUAUGUGGAUGGGAACCUCGAGCUGACCUGGGUUCAGGACGAACAUUUAGAUCUCAGUUUUCUCCAGUAUAUAAGAGAGGUGACAGGCCAUGUUCUGAUAUCACAUGUAGAUGUCAAGAGAAUCGUCUUGCCGCGACUGCAGAUCAUCAGAGGACGUACCCUCUUCAAGUUAAAUGUUUACGACCAAGAGUUCGCACUUCUUGUCACCCUAUCGAAAAUGCACACCCUCGAAAUGCCUGCACUCCGAGAUAUCCUGGCCGGUAGCGUUGGCAUGUUUAAUAAUUACAACUUAUGCCAUGUAAAAUCGAUAAACUGGGACGAGAUCAUUACCGGCCCGAACUCAAGCUACGUAUACGUUUACAACUUCACCCAGCCUGAGCGAGAGUGCCCUCCUUGCGACAAGUCCUGUAAGGCAGGUUGCUGGGGAGAAGGUCCGCAAAAUUGUCAAAACUUCUCUAAAAUCAAUUGCUCUCCGCAAUGUUACCAGGGUCGCUGCUUCGGACCAGAACCAAGGGAUUGUUGUCACCUGUUCUGCGCCGGUGGCUGCACGGGUCCAAAACAGAGCGAUUGUUUGGCUUGUCGUAACUUUUACGAUGAAGGUGUCUGCACGCAAGAAUGUCCUCCUAUGCAAAGAUAUAACUCGAUAUCAUAUUCAUGGGAAGUGAAUCCAAAUGGAAAAUACGCUUACGGUGCUACAUGCGUAAAGAACUGUCCGGAACACCUGCUGAAAGAUAACGGUGCCUGCGUACGGAGCUGUCCGCCAAAGAAAAAGGCUGUGAAUGGUGAAUGUGUUCCUUGUGAUGGACCGUGUCCGAAAACUUGCCCCGGGACUACUUCAAUCCAUUCUGGCAACAUUGCUUCCUUCAAAGAUUGUACCAUCAUCGAAGGAUCCUUGACGAUUCUCGACCAUACUUUUAGCGGCUUCCAGCAGGUUUUCCCCAAUUACUCUUACGGUGAAUGGUUUCCAGCUAUGCAUCCAGACAAAUUAGAAAUCUUCAGCACCCUCAAAGAAGUCACUGAAUAUGUCAAUAUUCAAGGCUCACAUCCAAAUUUUACAAACUUGUCUUAUUUCAGGAACUUAGAAGUAAUCGGUGGAAGGAAAGUGACAGAAUAUUUCUCCUCUCUAUACAUCGUGAAGACUUCGCUUAAAUCACUCGGUCUCCGCUCACUGAAGAAAAUCCACUCAGGCAGUAUAGCGAUCCUCGAGAACAAAGAUCUCUGUUUCGCCGAAGGGAUCGACUGGUCAAAGGUGAAGAAAUCCUGGACUGCUGAACACAAUACUUUAUUACAGAACAAUAAGCCGAAAGACCAGUGCAUCAAAGAAGGAAUGGUGUGCGAUCCUCAGUGUACCUCCGAAGGCUGCUGGGGCCCAGGGCCAGAUCAAUGUCUCUCUUGCAACAAUUACAGAUUGGGCAACACUUGUCUUCAAGAUUGCGACGCCGUCGCUGGCAUGUACAAAUCUAACCAAAAGAUCUGCAUGCCGUGUCAUGAAGAAUGCGAGUCGACUUGUCUAGGUCCUGGGCCAGGAAAUUGCACACGAUGCAAAAACGUUCGGGAUGGGCCGUUCUGCGUGUCCGAAUGUCCAGCUUCGAAGUAUAAUGCGGACGGAGAAUGUAAACCAUGUCAUUCUAAUUGCGUAUAUGGUUGCAGUGGCCCGCAGAACACCAUCGGUGCUACUGGAUGCCAUUCCUGUGAAAAGGCUAUCAUUAAUGGAGAAGUGACUAUUGUUGAGAGGUGCUUGCAAAAGAACGAGUCGUGUCCAGAUGGUUACUAUAAUGAGUACGUCCAGCCGCAAGAACAGGGAGCCUUGAAACCAUUAGCAGGAAAGACAAUAUGCCGGAAGUGCCAUCCGAGGUGUCGCAAGUGUACAGGAUAUGGAUUCCACGUUCAGGUCUGCCAAGAGUGUACGAAUUAUAAACGAGGAGAACAGUGCGAGGAUGAAUGUCCACAAGACCACUACGCAGACGAAUCUUCCCAGCAGUGUGUUCCAUGUUCUCCAGAGUGUCGUGGUUGCACGGGACCUACCAACAGCCAUUGCAUCGCCUGUCGAAACUUUAAAAUUUUCACUAGUGAACUCCUCGCUGACAAUACGACAUUAUUCAACUGUACCGAAACAUGCCCACCUGAUAGGAAUCACAGAGUGUUCCCUGAGAACGGAGAACCGUACUGCUCGGUGGAACCAGAACCAAGAAUAGCUGAGAGUGAGAGAAUGCCGAUUGUUUUCAUGAGCGUAAUCGCUGGAGCUCUGAUACUGUUCGGUUUCCUCAUCAUCCUGGUGUACCAGUGCAGGCUGCGAAACAAAGAAAAGAAUGCCACGAAGAUGUCGAUGAUGCUACAGGGUUUAGAACCUCUCCAUCCAACAAACGUCAAGCCUAACCUCGCAAAACUUCGUAUCAUCAAAGAAGCUGAAAUGAGGAGAGGAGGUGUUCUUGGAUAUGGAGCCUUUGGAACUGUAUACAAGGGUGUAUGGGUUCCUGAAGGAGAAAGUGUCAAGAUCCCAGUAGCCAUCAAAGUUCUUCGUGAGCGGACAGGAGCUAACACGAGCAAAGAGUUUCUGGACGAGGCGUACAUCAUGGCAAGCGUCGAACAUCAGAACCUGCUUCAGCUGUUGGGCGUUUGUAUGACUCACGAGAUGAUGCUCGUGACACAACUCAUGCCGCUCGGCUGUCUCCUGGACUAUGUCAGGAACCACAAAGACAGGAUAGGGUCGAAACCACUCCUCAACUGGUGUCAUCAGAUAGCCAGGGGUAUGGGUUAUCUGGAAGAAAAGAGAUUGGUGCACCGAGACUUGGCAGCUAGAAAUGUUUUGGUCCAGACUCCAAGUUGUGUGAAAAUCACCGAUUUUGGUCUUGCCAAGCUGCUCGACAUUAACGAAGAUCAGUACAAAGCUGCAGGAGGAAAAAUGCCUAUUAAAUGGCUUGCUCCAGAAUGCAUUCAGCUUAGGACUUUUACUCACAAAAGUGAUGUUUGGGCUUUCGGUGUGACGAUCUGGGAGUUGUUGACUUACGGUGGACGCCCUUACGAAAGUGUCCCUGCAAGAGAGGUUCCGGAAUUAUUGGAAAAAGGAGAGAGAUUGCCUCAGCCGAACAUCUGCACGAUAGAUGUCUACAUGUUGAUGAUCAAGUGUUGGAUGUUGGAUGCUGAGAGCAGACCAUCGUUUAAGGAGUUGACCGAUGAAUUCUCCAAGAUGGCCCGUGAUCCUGGUCGCUACUUGGUCAUCCAAGGCGACAAGCUCAUGAGGCUACCCUCUUAUUCAUCUCAGGAAUGUGGUGGACAAGAAGAAAAAGAGCAGACUUCUGUUGAGAUCGGCGAAAAUGAAAAUGAUACCGAUGAAUAUUUGCAACCUAAGAGUCGGCAAACCAUUGCUGGAUCACCAUCUCCCCCGCUCGGUACAGACUCGCCAGUACCAUCAUCAGUACAGCCGCCCGGCUGGGGAGAACUCGGCCACCCACGGCGAUACUGUUCAGACCCGUUGGCACCUAGAGAAGAGAUAGUCGUAGACGAAAGAGAUGGUAUCCCUACCAUCGCCAGCAGACGGGAGGCCCAGAUCGGAAACUUGAAGCUGGAGCUGCCAUUGGAUGAAGACGACUACUUGAUGCCAUCACCCCACCAGAGCCAAGCCACAACAGCGUACAUGGAUCUCAUUGGCGACACACAUUCAGCAGCUCAAGCCAACAAACAAGGAGACGCUAAUGGCUUGAGUAACACUUACCCAGACUUCAUUCCCGCUGGCACAUCGAUGGUUGACAACCCAGAGUACCAUUUAUGCAUAGGUCAGACUCUCGGUAUCCCUCCACCUCCCCCACCUCUCACGCACCAGAAGUCUUCUGAAGAAGAAUCAGAUCACGAGUAUUACAACGACUUUGACCGCUUGCAGAGAGAACUUCAACCGCUUCGAAGGAAUGAAACCACCGUAUGA